AUGUCAGAGCCGUUUCGUUCACUCGUUUUGAACAGAAGAUUCGGCGAUGAGACUCUUCGCGUUCUGGAAUCGAUUCUGGUUUCCAAGGACGUCAAAUCCUCCAUGGAAGUCCGAUCCGGCUUGAUGCAGUUCAUGAGGUCCGAAUCCCUCUCCGUUCUCCGAGAAAUCUCUGAGAAAAACGUCGCGGAGAAGCUUCUCGUUCUCGAAUUUCUCGUUCGCACUUUCGCGCUCGUCGGCGAUGUUGAGAGUUGCUUGGCUUUGAGAUAUGAGGCUUUGGUUUUGCGAGAUCUCAAGUCUACAGCUCAACAAUGGCUAAAGGUGCCACAUCUGGAAUGGCUCAACUUUGCUCAGCAAUUACUGGACAACGGUUUCUAUUCGAUUGGGGCAAAGGCUUGUGAAAAUGCAUUGAGAUCCCUUAAGGGGAAGUCUUCUGAACAGUCUACAGCAGAUGGAGUUCACCUCGAGAGGAUAUCUACUGAAUACCCAAAAACAGAUGAAGUCUUGGAAAAUGAGCAAGUUAUGGAAAAGAUAAAGAGACUCAAAGAAUGUGCCAUGUCAUCUGCUUCUUCUCACUCAGGACACUGUCUUGUGAUUCUUGAUCUCAGACAAUCCACAGUGUGCUUUUUCGUUGUGGUUUGUGUACUAGACUACUCUUUGUGA